UAGUUAUUUAACAAUAUGCCUCAUAGAAAGAUAGGAAUCAAAGGGCUGGGAUUGAAUAGCCAAGCAAAGGCAAUAAUUUAUAAUGUUACUACAUUUAUGGAACAAGAGGCAGCACAUUUCAAAACAACCGAAAACCUGUUAAUACCUUUAAGUAAAUUGACGGAUAGGAUUCUAGCAGCGACGGGUAUAAGCAAAAACACCUUAACCAAAAUAAGAAAAGAAGGUAGAGACGUAAAUAAAAAUGGAGCGACUAGUUUAUCUUUUAAAAGUCCAAAAAGAAAACGUUGUCGUUCCAAAAAAAUUGAAUUGAGCAGUGGACAAGUGAAAACCAUCAAAAAUAUUAUAUACGACUUCUACACCAUCGAGAAAAGAUCCCCUACAAUUAAUGGUAAAUAGUUUAAAAGUUAAAAAAUUAUUAGUUAAUGGGAAAUUGAUACCUAUAUUUUUUAUGGUAAAUAAAAUAGAGUAAGUAAAAUUAUAAAACAAUUGUUUGUACCCGUUUAGAACGAAAUAAAAGUUUUUUCGUAAACACACUGAUAUAGAUACAUUUUUAACAAAAAUGGUAGAUAGAUACAAUUCUUUUACAAUUUUAUUUACUUAAAGU